GACGUUUCAUGAUUGCUCAACUGUCGAAUGUGUACUGUCAACCUGAAAUGGGUGAUUUCUCGAGUGACUGGAGUGAACCGUGACAAUUCAUAGAGUCUACAUAUGUAUGUACAUUUGGUUCUAUUAUUCAAGUGGUUAUGAUGCAUCCCGUAAAUCCAUGUUGCCAAGAUAGAAGCCAGUGAAGUGUUUGUGUUUAUCAAGUCCAAUCUUUGACCACCCAAAUUUAAAAAAAAUGGCUCGUUUUGGUCAUUUGCCUCACGAGUUCUUGAUCAGCAUGAGCAUCAUUUUCGUGGUGUGUCAAUUACUGGGCUCCUCACUCGUGUCUGGCGAGCCCAAAAUCGAAAACUCCGAGGUCCUCAAGGAGCUCGGCCUCGAAUUGGAAACGAAAGUUCCUGUGUCCUCUGUGUCGGCUGUCCAAGGCAGUUCCGUGGAUCUUCCAUGCAAUAUCACUGCUCCUAUUUAUGGCGACAAAGUCAGAUUGGUUCUGUGGUUCAAGAAUGAGUCUGCUCUGCCUAUCUACACCUUUGAUACAAGAGACAAGUCGUAUGAGGAGGCUCGUCACUGGUCCUCGGAUGACGUCCUCGGAGGACGAGCCUUCUUUCGAGGCGACCACGAUCCCGGCCGAUUGGUUCUGGACAACGUUCGGGACUCCGAUCAGGCCAUGUACAAAUGCCGAGUGGAUUUCCGCAAGGCUCCCACGAGAAUUUCGGAUGUCAAUUUGAACGUUAUAGUUCCUCCGGAGAAGCCUAGGAUAUUCACUCAGAUGGGGAAAGAGGUUCGACUGAAAUUAGGGCCCUAUCACAUUGGGGAUUCGCUGAGAAUGAAUUGUGAGGCCUACGGAGGCCGGCCUCUGCCCAAGGUGACUUGGUGGAGGGAUCAUGCCCUCCUCGACGAUUCGGACGACUUUAUGGGGCACAAAGUGGUGAAUGAACUCAUUCUGGAUGAUCUCAGACGAUCUGAUCUCCAUACGAUCUUCACGUGCCAAGCGUCCAAUAACAACAUAUCUGUACCUGUCUCCACAUCUGUGAAACUGGACAUGCAUUUUGGCCCGACGGAAGUACGGAUCCUCAAUGCUCGCGAACCGCUCUCCGCCCACAAAUUGUAUGAGAUCCAAUGCCGAUCAGUCGGGGCCAGACCCACACCGGUGAUUUCCUGGUGGUUGGCUGGCAAACAGAUCAGAGACGGGAUCUCGUUCCAGACCUCUCCGGAUGGGAAUGUGACGAUCAGCACCUUGACCAUUGCUCCCAAUGUUAUGGACGCCGGGAGCCUUUUAGCUUGUCGGGCCGGGAAUCCAAACUUGCCAGAUUCCAUGAUGGAAGACACGUGGAAAUGGGAGAUUCAUUAUGUGCCCAGCUCUACCCUGACCCUGGGCUCCAAUUUAAACGCUACCAACAUCAAGGAAGGUGAUGAUGUCUACUUUGAAUGUGCUGUCAAAGCCAGUCCGAUGCCAUACAAAAUCUCCUGGAAGCACAAUGGUCGAGAAUUGACGCACGACAUCCAGAAGAAAGUGAUCAUCAGCAACCAAAGUUUGGUACUUCAAAAGGUGACCCGAGCCGAUAGUGGCGUGUACUCUUGCAUCGCUCAUAAUGCGGAGGGUGAUGGCGAGAGCAACCCUUUGAGUCUGGAUAUCAGAUACAAACCCUUUUGUAAACCUGAUCAGGUUCAGGUCUAUGGAGUGGCCAAACGAGAGAAGAUCCGCGUCUCGUGUGAUGUCAUCUCAAAUCCCUCGGUGGCUCUCAAAUUCGAAUGGGUGUUCAAUUCCAGCUCAGAGAGGUUGGACCUUCAGGAGAACCUCAUCGAAGUCCAAGGAACCCGAUCUUUAGCCCAUCACAUCCCACAGACUGAGAUGGAUUAUGGAUCCUUAAUGUGUUGGGCCAUCAACUCCAUUGGCCGUCAAGAGGAUCCAUGCAUCUUUCAUUUGAUCCCGGCUGGAAAACCCGACCCCGUCAUGAAUUGCACGGUUAAAAAUCAAACCUUCUCGACCUUACACAUCACUUGUUUCAAAGGCUUUGACGGGGGCCUUCCUCAAGGUUUCAUUAUGGAAGUAAUGGAUGCCAAAUCUCAUUUCAUUGUGGCCAACACCACCAACCUCCGAGAUCCAGCGUUCACGGUCACGGGUUUACGAUCUGGCACGGGUUAUAUCGUCUCCGUGCACUCGUAUAAUUCCAAAGGUCACAGCGAACCCAUGAGGAUUCACGCUUUCACAAUGAAGGCUGCAGCCGCAGCCGCAGCGGCUGACCAGGGGCCCAAAACUGGCGAAAGCUCUCUGACUCGAAUGGGUCAGUUCACGGUCACGCCCAUCUUGGCUAUUCUCUUGAUUGUCGGAGGGGCUCUGGUCCUCGUUUUCUUGUUGAUGUCCGUGUACUUCUGCUUCCGACGGAGACCUGUGAAACAACAUCGGAACCGAAUGAGUUACACUGACACCCACAUCCCACUUCAAAAAGGAAUAGAUGAUUGUAUCGAUGGCGGAGGAGGAGGAGGAGGAGGAGGCGGAGGCGGAGAUCCCAUGCUCAUGACAACGCCCAAUAACGCCCUCUUACGGGAAGAGACGAAGAAUCCGGAUGUCAUCCCCAGCCACGUUCGGACAUUGGAAGAGGAUGGUGGGUUUGGAGUUUACGGUGAUAAGACUCGAUAUGCCACGCUGCAACGACAACGGCACGCCCCUCCAGCUUGUGAGCAGGACUACCGGACUCUUCAACACAUAAAGAACAACAUUUCUAGUCUAAGCCAAGAGGUCACAUACGCUGAACUUACAUUACCCAGGAAACAAGGCUAUGCCCCACUAAAGCGAACGCCUGUGAGUUCAAGUUCUCAAAAUCAGAUCGCACCCAAUGAGCCGGUCAUCUAUGCACGGAUCAAUCACAAUUGUCAAUCUCAGCAACCUCCACUUCUGAUCAGCACGUCAUCGGGAGGCAUCUCACCUAAUUCUCUGUUGAACACAUCCUGUGAAUCUUCGUCCUCGUCGUCCCGAGGUCGAAGUGAUUCUCCCCGUGAUGGCCGACCCAGUAGUGAUGAAGGGUUCAAUUCUGGCUCGUCGCCAUUGGGUGGGAACUUGCCCAAUCCAAUGGUGCCAAAUACUCAGACUGUGGCUCUUCCACCCAUUCUCACACCCACUUCCCUGAAUUCGAUGCCAGUCACUCCCUUGAUUUUGGCGCGGCCGGAUAUUCAGCUGUCGACGUUGAGUCCAAUGAGCUCACGUCAGAUGCUUCAACCGGUUAAAGGUGGCACCCUGGCUAGAAACAAUAGAUUUUAAUAACGCCAAAAGGCUGUGAUCUCUGUGCUACAAUACUUCCUCGACAAUGAGGAAGAAAAAUCUGAAGUAAAUCUGAAGUAAGAAUGAACGAGGAUUUGAAUGAAAACACUUUGAUCAAGAGGCCGGAAGAUCCUGAACUUGAACAAGUUUGAGUGCGUUCUAACCAGUGUGACCGUAAGAAGAACGGAUGGAAGUGCAUAAAUCAAAUUCAUACUUUUGUUUUCUUAAGCCAAACGAGUGGGUGUGGCCAACAAAGAGGGGCUCUUAGACAAAGUUUUAAAAAAGAAAGUUUUUUCAUACCACUCUCAAAAGUGUGCAUUUAAUGAGGCUUCCCAUUUACUUUGGCUUUCUUUUUUACGAAAAGCAGGGAAAAAGUAGAAAGGGGAUUUGAGGGUGAAUUUCUUCUCUUCUCAUGUUGUUUGAAGGCUGUGAAAGGUGCGACUUUGUCGCUGUCGAAUACUUAUGGAACUACGACAGCAAUAUUUGAAAAAUCCCUCUAUCUCCUCCCCUGAAUAAUAAAUAAAACGAUGGCCAGUUAUUGACAUAACUCCCCGUGUAAAUUUGUAGCUCUUGAAUUCAUCCAUCAUUUCAACUAAUGACUUCUUGAUUUGUAUCUGACAAUGCCUCUCCGUUGAUUUCACAAUUGAUUCUGACAAUAAAGUUGAAACGUACUAUAAA